UUAUCAGGCCUACAAUCGUGUGAGAAUAGCGUUGGCCAACGUUGGCACAGUAUUCGGGUUUCAUGUCAGGCGUAAGCUACUGGAAUGAGUCAUUCUGUUUACUAUUCUCGUCCAAAAACACGCUCCGAGCGAAUGCUUGUUUAUAGAGUAUGAGGGUGGAGGUCCGUAUAUUUUUGUGUGCAAGUGGGGCCUUGAUGCUGGCCAUCUAAUUUUAACAGCAUUAUGCCAACUGCACAGUUUUGAACUUGUCUGCAGUCUGUCGAGAUCGGCGCAUUUAGAACGUUUGAGAGCAACAAGAUUAAAAAUUAAGCAAUUUGCCACGAACUGUUUACAUUGGAAAUAAAAAGUUUCUCCAUCCAAUUAUAGUAGUCACAAUGUUUCAUGAUUACAUAUAUUUACUUUUCUUAUUGAAAUUCAGUACGACUGGUUAAUUUUCGGUUAUUUAACGACGCUGCUUCAUCUCAAAAUUAUGUUGAAUGGAAUGGAAUUAAUUGAGAAGACGGUCGUAGAUCCUGAAUACGUGUAGAAGGAGGCAAUCGUGUCCUAUUUGAAGUUACUAUUAGGAUACAGUAUAAAAUUAUGAUUUCCCCUUUAAUUUUGUAAGGGAUUAAAUGGACCUACCAUAUCCACACAUAAAUGAUCCAUAAACAAGAUGAUCAUGAUCAAUGAAGAUGUUGGAGGCACUGCCUAUUGAGCUGCAGGAAAAGAUUUGCAGUUUCCUGGAUGGAGCUACCUUGUUAAGGGCUACAUGUGUCAGUACGCAGUGGAACAGGAUCAUCAGUGGGCUUCAGAUGGUGUGGCGACAGGCGAGUCUGCGUGAGGGGUUCGGAACCCCCGUAAAGGACUGGAAGCUUCAUUACGUAACAUGUGUAAGGCUGCUUCAGCGUCUGAAGAAAGGAAAAGCCUUUCAACACAGACACUUUGCGCCAAAAUGCUUCCAAUGUUCCGACGUCAGAGAUGUUGUUUUUUGGAAUGGAUGCAUUCUGGCAGGUAUCAAGAAGUGUAUCCGAGUGUGGAGAGUGGAGGACCUUAAGCCUGCUGCAGUGUUCGAUGUGCCGUAUGAAAUAUUUUGUCUCAGUGUGUCGUUUAACAACCAUGUUCUGGGAGUUGGUCAUUAUGAUGGGGCCAUCACUACCUGGCUGCUAGAUGAAGUUGAGGUCAGGGCAAGCCUUCUUCAGUGUUAUGUCGGACACAGAGACAAUGUUGUGUGCCUUUGUGUUGCUCCAGAACUCAACCUCAUGUGUAGUGGUUCUCGGGACAGUUCAUGUUUCAGGACAAUAAAGUUGUGGUGUCUGGGAUCAGGACAGUUGCUUGAGACCUUAACUGCCAGUGGGUGGGUGUCCCAGGUUACCUUGCUGCCUGCCGGGAGCCACAACUCGCCAUAUGAACUCAGGAACUCCCUGCUUGCUGCAGACCAGAGCAGUAUCCGACUGUAUUCUUGGCCAGUCCAGCAUGGCUCCGCAUAUGGUGACAUCGAUACAAUUGAAGCCUCUGAUCUCAGCAUAGCAGUCGAUAAAGAAGUCUCUUUGAGGAAGUUCCUCUUGCAGGAAAAGCAUAUUAUGUAUGUUCAGGAUGGAAUGAUAGUGGUGCUGGACCUGGUGUCUUGUGCACAGAUCAAGUGUUUCAGGACUGAAUACAGAGACGUGGUUCUGUUAGCCAGUGGUGCAAGAUAUGUGUUGGUAACAAUGUGGGAAAGUUGUCUGAAGAAUUCCAAGCUUGCUGUUUUCAACAUAGCAGAUGGAGAGCUUGUUGGGACUUAUCCAAUGCCAUUUUGCAGGGAGUACGUAGUGGCAGGGGACGUAGAGUGGCUGAAUGGUGUGUCAGGCCAGAGGCCAAACUGUCUGGUAGCUGCUGGCUGGAUGAUGGGGGUACUUCACAUGGACCAGCUCACUGAUGUCUUACAUCUCAUUACAUGGCUACCAGACCACCUGUAACUCCUUAAUGGACAGAGACUGUACAUAUGUGCCUGCUAGCCCUAAUUUGAUUCAAGAUGAAACAUAUAUUUAUAGGAUUUGCUCUACUUGCUACCCACUUCAUGCUGGUUUCUUACUCUGCUUAUUCUUCGACCUUGAGGGUAGAGGUAAGACAUUCCUCCAAAAUGUCUGCUGACUUUGAUCAGGCUACACGGCGUUAUGUCCCAGAAGAUGACACUCUUCCAAACUAAUAUUUGAUCUUGUGGAGUGGAUCUUACCCUCAGAGGAAGAAAAGAAGAGUCUGAAAAUUCAAUUUGGGAAAUUAUUUAAGUAUUCUGUAAUGAAAUCCAAUUACAGCAAUUAAUUUAACUUACAGAACUGUAAGAUAUUAUUUUUGCCAUAUAAUCCUGUCCAGUACUGAACUGGUGAAGAUAAAUAUAUCAAAUUUUCAUAUAUCAUUAAAUGCAAUCUUAAUAUUAACCACAUUCUCAAGUUCUGUCAUUCUAAUGAAAUUAAUAAUAAAAGGGAAGAUGAAUAUGA